GACCAUUCCUAAUACGGCGUCAGCGAACGCCCACAGAAGACCACGGAAGACCCGAGCAGAACCGGGGCCACUCAGUCUUUCGCGAGAAGCACGUGGCUCAACGCAGCGGCACUGAAGCACUGGCGUAUUUGCCCGCUACCGCCGUCGCAGCAACAGCGAUUGCGUGACACGUGUACAGUAUACCGUCUCUAUAAAUAGCAUCAAGUCAGUAUAUAUAUACACACACCUCUGACCAUGACUCUCAUCAGCGGCGAUAGGCAGCGGUUCGCGCGCGACGACAGCGUCUCCAGCCUGGGCACCAUGACCAACUCUCAGAGCAACGAGCCGCUCGUGGUCGGCAAGGCGCCCGUCGUUCCGGACGCGCUCGGAGUUUCCGACGCCGACGUGCGCCCUCGCACCAACGCCACCGACGUCUCAGGCGACGACGCGGGCGGGACCUGCGGCUGGGGCUGCCUGCGACCCCGCUGGCUGCAGCGGUUUCGCACGCCCCCCUGGGUGCUGUUCUUCCUGUGCUGGGCCGGGUUCCUGCAGGGCCUCAUAGUGAACGGCUUCGUGAACGUGGUCAUCACGACCAUCGAGCGCCGCUUCCAGCUGCGCAGCUCCGAGAGCGGCCUGGUGGCCAGCGGCUACGACAUCGCGUCCUUCCUGCUCCUGGCGCCCAUCAGCUACUUCGGCGGCACCCGGAGCAAGCCGCUGUUCGUGGGCGUCGGCUGCCUCGUGCUGGGCCUGGGCGCGCUCGUCUUCUCCAUGCCGCACUUCCUGGCCGGCACGUACGCCUUCAGCACCGAGGCCGACAGCGAGAGCCUCUGCCUGGCGGGGGCGGUCGCCGGCUCGCAGGGCUUCUGUGCCCUCAGGGAGGCAUCGGGCGGGGGCGGCGGCGGCUCCCUGAACCAGUACAAGUACAUGUUCCUCGCGGGUCAGAUGUUGCACGGCGCCGGCGCGACGCCCUUCUUCACGCUCGGCUGCACCUACUUGGACGAGAUCGUGUCCACCAAGAUGUCCUCCGUGUACAUCGGCAUUUUUUACACUAUGGCGAUCAUCGGCCCCGCAUUGGGCUACAUUCUAGGCGGCCAGUUUUUGAAGAUCUACACUGACCUCUCCGUAGACGCUUCGGCCCUCGGCCUGACACCCUCCAGUGGGGUCUGGGUUGGAGCCUGGUGGAUCGGAUUCGUCGUGUCCUCCGUGACGGCAAUCCUGGCCGCCAUCCCCAUCAGUGCCUUUCCGAAGGUCUUGCCAGGUUCGCUGAAGCUGCAGGCUCAGAAGAAGUCCGAAAUGCACCAGAAACUGCAAAAGAGUGAAGCCGUGCAAAGUGGCUUCGGCGCCAGGGCCAAGGAUCUUCCGGCCUCGUUCAAGAUACUGAUCACCAACCCGACAUUUGUGUUCCUAAGUCUGGCAGGAGCGACCGAAGGCAUGCUGGUGUCUGGCCUGGCGACAUUCCUCCCGAAAGUGAUUGAGUACCAGUUCAGCAUCGCAGCAAGCUUAGCAGCUUUAAUAAUGGGUGCAGUGACUGUUCCAGGUGCCGGUGGAGGCACCUUUCUAGGAGGCUACUUUGUCAAGAGGUUCAACCUACGCUGCUCUGGCAUCAUCAAGAUGUGCAUCCUUUGCUCCCUUGUGCCACUCGUCACUAUCUUUGCCUUCUUCUUCAGCUGCCCAAACGUCAGAUUUGCAGGUGUCAAUUACAAAACAAACAACCUUACUGUGGGAAUUGACCGCUUUCUCAAUGAGUGCAACAACCAGUGCCACUGCCAGAUAGAAGACUUCGACCCCAUUUGCGGAACAGACCACGUCAUGUACUACUCGGCGUGCUUCGCUGGCUGCCAAAAAGUCCAUCACUACGAAUCAACAAAGGUGUAUGAGGACUGCCGCUGCAUCGAUCAUCCAGGCCGGAACAUAACGCUGGAAGGCAGGCAGGUGACCAUCCAGGCGGAGCGGGAUAAAUGCCCCAGCGAGUGCAACUUCCUUGUCUUCUUCUUGAUUGCUAUGUUCAUCUGCAUGGUCUUCACAUUCCUGGUCAGCAUGCCAUCACUGGCUGCCACACUCAGGUGUGUUGCAACUAGCCAGAAGUCUUUCGGACUCGGUAUACAAUGGAUUACGGUGCGGUUAUUAGGAACCAUUCCAGCUCCCAUCUUGUUCGGCUUACUCAUUGACCAGAGCUGUGUGCUGUGGCCUGGCUCGUGUGAUGACUCGGGCGCAUGUGCAGUCUAUGAGAAUGGCCAGAUGGCUCGCAAUUUGCUUGCAUUGCUGGCCACUGUAAAGUUCCUCUCAUGCCUAUUCUUCUUCCUCUCGUGGCUCCUGUACAAGGCACCCGAAGGUGGCGAUGAUGACGGCGACGUCAUGGCAGCCGAGAAAGAAAAGUGUGGUGUCGCCACCAUCAAGCAGGAAAAGGUUGCAACUUCCCCAUACAAGUCAGCCACAAAUGGCUCGGUGGCAACAGAGCAGCAGCAACAAAAUCAUCAGAACAGUGACAGCAGCACAUGGUUUUGAACACUACCAAGAGACAAAGACUACAAGUAGCAUGGCUCUAUGUGUAAUGGUGAGGUUUGCCAUAGUGAUGUGCAAACGAAAUCGCAGUAUGAGCUUUUUCACUAUGUGUCGCCAAGUGCCCACUUUUGGCAUGAACUCCAACAUGAGGUGAAAGCUUCUUCUGUUUCAAGCACCCAUUCUUGGCAAAUUUCCUGUAACAGAAAGUUUGCAUUCAGUGCAUAUCCCAUAUAUCAUAUGCAACUGUGGCCCUAUAGAGAGUUAAGCUGGGGCCAGCUGGCAGGCUUUCAGUGGCCAAUUGUGAGAAGAGCAACACUAAGGUUUUCAUUGUUUCCAUUUCCACAAACAUUGAAUAGCACUAGUGCACUACUCUUUGCCUCACUGCCAAACUAGAGAGCAACAUCCAUCUUUUGCAAUUGCUGAAUUGCCAUGUGUGCUUGAAGGAUCUUCACAAAAGUCACCACAUGUGAACUGUGAAUUUGGCAAUUGAAUGUUGCUGUUGGCACCACGAAACACCCUUGUAUGCCAGGCACCAGGUAUGUGUUCUUGCUCACCAUCUGCCCAUAACAGCAGCAAGCCCAGUUGUCUACAGCUUUCCUGUCAACUUGAGUAAAAAAUUUGAGAAAAGCUCAUAUUCUGAUUUGUGCACAUCUGUGUGAUGAUCCAAGUUCAGGAAGAGGUAGCUGCAGCAUAUAGACUGCCUACAGGAUUCCAGCAACUGAAAGCGUGGCGAACUUCUUGGAUGUCUGAGCCUUUGUGCAAUUUUUCAUGCGGGAGUGAAGCACAAUUUCAGCAGCACCGACAUGUGAUUCUCAGAAUAUGUUGUGCAAGUCCUCAAGAAAGUGGUGCCGUGUGAGUGUGUGAACUGUGAAUCUACGGUAUGCUAGGCAGAGUGCAGAUGCCACUGACUAUCAUCAUUUCUCAUGUUGAAGUGGUCAAACAAAGGGACCUGUUUAAGUGAAUUGGUGGACAAUGAUGCUUCAGCAAAACAAGCACUAAGACUUAAUCAUGGAUACAAUGAACUGUUCUGAGUGCCUGUUCUUAGCAGAUUUCAUGUGCGCUUUGUGACACUACCCGUAGCAUAUUGGUGGGGCAACAUAUCUGUAGAUUUGUGAGAGUGUUUGCACUUACAUACUGUGCGCACAAACUGAUACAUGAACAAAACAUGUCUGAAAGCUUGCAGUCAUUUUUCGUUUUGAAAGUGCACAAAAUGUGACGCUGUUUUGCAAUGAAACAAUUACCAUUAUUUGCACUAGAACUAGAAAGCUCAUGAACAUUUGCUGCAAGAAACACUGCUAAGUGGGCAGUGCCUUAAACUGCAAAUAGCAGACUUACUCACAGUGCAACUAUGCUGAGAACAUUUAGUUCAAGUGUUAUGAAAUGCCAAUCGCAUGCAAAUUUUUUUAUGCCCACUCUAGUUGUGGAAUACAAAAAAACCCUUGUACAUAGCUUUCGUGCCUGUUACAGAACCAGGUUGGAUAAAUUACUCCAGAGCCCCAUGGCAUCUUUCAUAGCCCAAGUGUAGCUUUGGAAUGUGAAAUAUAAUCACUUAUCAUAUAGUACUAUACUGAAGCACAUAGUACUAAUGCUAUUCCUAAAACAAGAAGUUCCCAUUCAAUUAACCCCUGAGCAAGCACAUAGGGCCAGGCAGUUUUGAAAUUACCUAUUUAAAUUCUUGCUGAAGAGUGUGUCGGCAUUCUGCAGACUCCACAAAGUAUGAAAUGGCUCUUAAGAAAAAAAGAUAACAUGCAAAAUAGACAAGGAUGAGAAGGCAGAUACAUGGACUGGCACAAACUUUCAACUAAUUUUAUUUCCACACAUGUGUAAUAAGGCUGUGCGCAUUAAAUAUGGGAAAAAAGAUAACAGUGAAAUAUGUACAACAUAACCAUCACUUCCUUUUUUUUUAUAACUAAAUGUGGGCUGCCUUAUUGUACAUGUGUGAUAACGUGCUUAUAUUCACGAGUCUGAUGGAAAUAAAAUUAGUUGAAAGUGUGCGCUAGUCUGUCUCUCUAUUCUCUUAAGUUAAGUUAUG